AUGUCUAAAAAUAAACGUAAACGUAACUGUUAUAAAAUUAAUGCUAAAAGUGUUCGACGGCCUACUAAAGAAGUAAACGAAUGGAACUUUCAAGAACUUCGCAAAUUUUUGGAAUCGAGGGAUAUUAAAUAUGAAGAUAUUAAAAUUAUCAUCGACGAACAAAAGGUCGAUGGUUCAUCCUUUCUUGGGCUGACCGCAGUAUCUCUUGAGAGAUGGGGAAUGCUAGGUGGACCAGCUAUAAAAAUCGAAAAUUUGGUCAAGGAAAUUCAAGGAAACAAAAGACCAUUUACCGGAGAGAUAUUCCUUCUUGUCGAUCAUUCGAAUUUGCUCGAACAAGGCAAAGACACCGUGAAGCGUUAUGAGAAAUUAGUGUACAAACCAAAUAUAUACAUUGAAUAUGAGCAACUUCGAAAAACGAUAAUAAACGGGAGAAAGUCGGGUGAUUCUGCAGAAAUAUUUUGUUCUCAAUUCCCAAAACAUAAUGACAAAAGACUUGAUAACCUUUGGAACAAGCGUAGAAAACAAGGUUUUAUUGUUAACAUCAUUGAACAAAAAUCGCACAAGACAAGAGAAAAAAAGGUAGACACCUCAUUAACUGUACAAGGGAUGAAGAAAAUCUUGGAUGAUAAUGAUCCCGGAAUAUUGGCUAUAGUGGCAGGCGAUAGUGAUUACGUACCAUUAGUUGAACAAGCUCUGGAGAAAGGGUGGAAAGUUGAAAUAUGGUUCUGGUCAUCAGGAUUAUCUGGAGAAUAUAAACCCGAAUUAUCUAAUAAAUUUGGAAUAAACUAUAGUCUUCACUUUCUGGAUGAUGAAUAUAAAAAAUUUACUUAUGCACGUAGUCCAGAAUCUCCUCGUGAAUUUACUUUUGAAAUCGAACAUAAAUGUGUUGAAAACUUGGAAGAUGAAGACCUGUUGAAAAUUUUCGUUGAUUUGGAUUUAUUUGGAUGGUGGCAUUGGAACAAUAAUAAUCAUUUAUUGGUUUAUGUUAAUACAGAAAAGCAGAAAGAAGAAGUAGAAAAGGUGUUUAACCGAUUUGAAGAACACGAAGAAAACGAAGAACAAGAGAAUUUAAAUCUUGCAUUAUAUUUAGAUAAAAAUAAGCUUAACGGAAAUAAAUUUUGUUAUCUUAUUUAG